CUGUGAGAUCAACAGAAUCUUUAUUUAUCUUUAUUAUACUCUCGCGCGAAAAAAAAGAUAUUUCAAAGAUAAAAAUUUCGAAGAAAGACAUGAUAAACAAAAUAGCAAUAGAUUUCGAACCGUCAAAAACGAUGGUAUUAUGAGGUGACUGCGCGCAGUAAGGAGGGUUCUGAACACGCGUUUGGUGAGUGAUAUGUUUUUCAUCAAAAGAGUGAGAGAGAAAGACAUAUGGGUAGCGUGGUAGGGAGCACAGGUAUAUUACAAAGUACAAGAAAGAGAGAGAAAAUGAACGUUCGCUUGAAUGCAAGAGAGAUAGAACAUUGGCAUAAGAGAAAGAGGCUCGUUCUCUGGCUACGAAGCGAAACUCGUUCAGUCGUCCUUCGCCAGCUUGAAGAACGAACGUUGUCGUUUCUGCCGGCGUGAGAUUAGCUCUUCAAACUUCUUUCUUAUAUACAUACAUACAUACAUAUAUAUAUAUAUAUAUAUAUAUAUAUAUAUAUAUAUAACAUAUUUACUUUUUUCUUCCCGGUCGAUAUCGACGUUUUCCGACGUUGUCGACGACGUGACAUAUUUUUUACGCACUAAGGAAAGCCUGGAGAUCGUAAAAGUGGUGAGGAAAGGAGUUCAUAGAAUCGUAGUUUUUUCUUGUACUGUCACGUUGGUUUACAUCGUGAUGUACUACUGACAAUGUUUCUCGUCGCACCUGUGAACGACAAUCGUUGGAUCUACGCCAUGCACGGACUAGAGAAACCUAUGGAAUACGUGCCUGCCGGCGGUGUAAUGGCAGGAUCGGUGGCAACUUUGGCGAUAUUAUGGGUGUCCCUUCAAUCUAUGGGACUGCUUGGUUAUUCCAAUUCUAUGGAGGCUUAUAAACUACCCAUGUCACUUCAGAACUAUCUUGCCAGUUAUACUGAUAUUUUUACAGGCUUGCCAUCUACAGAUGCUCCUUCAGAAGGCAUCAUAGAUACAGGUCUCUUUCAGAACCGACAAUAUCCUAGGAUCACCGAGUCGACUUUAAACGAAUCUAUAAAUUUCGCGAAGACGCUCGUGAAUCGAUUGGGCACACUAGAAAGGAACAUCAUCAAUGCCGGUAUUCAAUUUGAAGCUAAUAGCGUUGCCGGUAAACAAUAUAUCAAUGAAUAUCCUUCGGAAGAUGCCCUGACAAAAGGCAUCGAUGCACUUUUGGUUACGAAAGCUUCCUCGUAUCUGAUUCAUCAAAAUUGUCGACGUAGAUUUGGCCUAUCUAAGGAAGAAUGUGCUCGAUAUAUAUCAACCUUGAAAUUAGAGGGCACGCCAUUGGGCGACAAAUGCAUGGCCUCGCACGUAGCAAGUUGUAAUUCAAAAAUGAAGUAUCGAACUAUCGAUGGAAGUUGCAAUAACAUCGAUAAUCCUAGCUGGGGCAGAGCCAUGACAGCAUACACAAGAAUCCUCUUCCCUCAAUAUUUCGAUGGUAUUCAAGAGCCGAGGAACAUGGGACAGACGAAGAAGCCAUUGCCAAGUGCGAGAACAGUAAGUGCAUUAGUGACUGCUAAUAAUGACCAAUCCGAUGCUACCAAAACUCUUGCCGUCAUGCAAUGGAGUCAAUUCGUUUCUCAUGAUCUGGCACAUACACCAGUUCGCAAAAUGGUUUCAUCAGGAAAGCCAAUUUCUUGCUGCCGAACGGAUGGAAAUACUUUAUCUCCUCGUCACAUACAUCCAGAUUGUGCACCUAUAUCUGUGCCGGACAGAGAUCCCGUUUAUGGAACUCAGUACGUUCGAUGUAUGAACUAUGUACGUUCCUUGGCAGUUUUAAGGUCGGAAUGCACCUUUGGUCCCUUGGAACAAAUGAAUCAAGUGAGUCACUUUUUGGAUGGUUCCACGAUCUAUGGUUCCGAUUUAACAAAGUCUCGUGAAUUACGAGAAUUUCAAGGUGGUAGACUUCGUAUAGAUGUCCGUAAUGGUCAUGCAUUUUUACCAUCCGAAAACGAUCCCGAAAUUGCUUUCCUAUGUGAAGGAGGUUGUUACGAUUCUGGUGAUGAUCGGGUCAACGUUUAUCCUCAAUUGGCUGUAAUACAUACAAUUUGGCAUCGCGAACAUAACCGCAUUGCGAAAAUACUCGCUAAAUUGAAUUCCAACUGGACGGAUGAAAUCCUAUAUCAAGAGGCUAGACGUAUUGUUAUUGCUGAAAUUCAGCAUAUAACUUACAAAGAGUGGUUACCCAUUUUAUUGGGUAGGAUCAGUGUUCAAGCCUUAGGACUCGCUACUGGUUAUAACAGAAAGUAUGAUUCUGAGGACGAGCCCGCAGUUAGCAAUGAAGCAGCUACAGCCGCCCUGCGAUUUUUAAAUUCACUUAUGCAAGGAAGACUUAUUAUUCCAAGUAAUUCUCAUCAAAUUAAAUAUCUGGAAUUGUCUGAAUAUUUCUUUAAUCCGCGAGUGAUCGAAUCCGACGCAAUUUUUGACGGUUUACUUCAUGGUCUUUCAACACAGACUAGUCAAAAGAUGGACGUUAGUUUGAUUCCAGAAAUUACCAGCAAAUUAUAUAGCAACCAUAAGAAUGAUCUUGGUUUAGAUAGUAUUAGCUUAGACAUACAACGUGGUCGUGAUCACGGAUUACCUGGAUAUAAUUAUUACAGAAAACAUUGUGGAUUGCCUUUUGCUAGAAAUUUCAAUGAUUUUCUUGAUUAUAUUCCUGCAGAGCUCGUAAAUAAAUUACGCUCCGUUUAUACUCAUCCCAAUGAUGUUGAUCUUGUCAUCGGUGGUAUGGCAGAAAGAUCACCCGAUGACGGUCUUCUUGGUCCUACUUUCAGAUGUUUGAUUUUGGAACAAUUCGCAAGGACACUUCGAACGGAUAGAUUUUUUUACGAUUCUGCUAUGCAACCGUACCCCUUCACACCAAAUCAAUUAAUGGAAAUACGUAACGUUACUUUAGCAAGAAUAUUCUGUGAUAAUGGCAAUAAUAUUGAAAGCAUGCAACCAAAUGUUUUCCUCAGAGCACAAGAGGGAAACGAAAUCCGUUCUUGUAACGAUUUCGAAGCUAUACCAAGCAUGGAUCUAUUUGCAUGGGCUGAGAAGGCUAAAGCGUAUCGUUGAAUUAAAUCAUUAAUUGGCUGGUCACAUUACCGCGUAACGCCGGCUCAUCCAUGAGCAAGAUUGGGCUUGGCGAAGAGAAAGAAGCGUGAGUGAUGUCUUAAGAUCUUCGUGAUAUCAUCGUGUCUUAAGUUUCUAACGUCAGGGAGUGCUUUCUUGAAUCUAAAUGUAUAACGCAUGGUGGUCGCUAAUAUGGUUCACGAUAAAGCGGCAGAUGUUAGUGUGAUAAAAAAAAGCGAAGAUACGGUGAAAAACACGUGACUAGUCGAUUAAAGAAAGAAGUCAGCCAAGAAGAAGCUGAAAUAGAAGAACAAAUAAGUCCACGUUUCCGAGGACCAUACUAUCAUAGAAAGAAACACGAUUUUGAUUAUAUUGCCUCGCCCAAAUUAUUGUAUUUUCGAAAUGGCCUUGCUUGAUCAGAACAUUAGUUGCGUAUGUGACCAUUUAAUAAUAUAAGUAUAACAAUACGAAGGAGCGUGUGCAUCUAAUUAAUAUAUGUAAUAUAUUUAAUUUAUUUAAGAGAGAAAAUUUAUAAAAAAUAUAAUCUUUAGCAUACACUGAUUUUAUUAUGCUUAUGUAAAUGAAUUCUCGAAUAUAAAGUACUUAUUAACUUUUGUACUCUCAAUGCUUUCAUAUUUUAUUUUUUAUUGAACAUUGAGCUUCUAUCGAUAAUGCCAACUUUUAAGAUAAAACGAAUAUGAGAAAUUUGAAAUUUUAUAAGAUGCACGCGCGCCAAUAUACAUAUAUGGUAUGUGAUAGGUAUGUGAUAGGUAUGUCAAUGAGCACGUAUGGACAUCGAGUGCGUGGCUAGAUUUCGCAAUUUCAUGUAAUAAUAUACCUGCUUGAUAACAUCUACGGCAUGACGAUAGUUUAGGUAAAAACAAUAUUUGAUUCGUUGCAUUAUCGUAUAUAUAAUUAGAAAUAUUUAGUUUAUAAAUUAUUUCACAAUCUCCAAAUAUUUUUUGUGAAAUUUAAAAGAUAAAGAAAUAUUCAGAGACAAAUUAUUUCCAUUAUAUACGAUAUAGUAAUUCUGGAUAAUUUAAAUGUUUUAAAUAUUAUAAAUUUUCAAUAUUUUAAAAAAUUAUUACUAUAAAAAAGGAAAAUUAUUACUUUCAACAAGUUAGUAUACCUCAGGGAAGCGAAGUAUCAAUGUUGGGAUAACAAAACCAAAUGAUAGUAAUCUUUUGCAAUAAAUGAGGAACCCAUCAAAAACCAUAAACAAUCUUUAAACAUGGUGCGAAUCUUCAUUUUAUAGAUCUGGACUUAUGUGAACAUUCUUUUCUUUUUUUUUUGUUGUUCUUAUUUUCCCAAUUGUGUUUACAAUCGAUAAAGGAUUUAUUUUCAUGAUUAAAGUUGUGCAAUUUUCUGAGACACAAAAAGAUUUGAGAUUUUACUUUUUCUUGUCAUUUUGUUAUUUACAUACAUAUAGGUACAUAAAAAAUGUAUUAUAUUAUUUUUACGAAAAAGAUGUCAUUUUCGUUUUCUUACGUUGAACCGAUCGGAUUUAUCAAUAUACACAAUUAAAUGCAUUUUUAUCAUAUUUGAACGUAUUUGCGCAAACUCAUAAGAAAUUUCGAUAAGAGAAAAUUUUAUGGGAAUUUAGUGUGAAAAUAGUUGAGUUUAUGUGAAACCUUGGGAUAUGACUGAUUAAUUUUAAGAAAAAUAAUUAAGUAUCGUUGAAGGAUUUGUAUGAACGAGUUCUGAUGAUUAAACGUUACUUCUUAGUAUGUGAAAAACUAAUAAAGGAAUUUAAAAAAAUAA